UAUUUUAUUUCGCAACAGAAGAAUCGGUGCAUCGUAUUCGCUGCAGAUUCUUAUUCAUUUAAACUAUAGUACUCAAAUUAAAAAAUAAUGUAAGAAAGGACUGCGUGAGUGUAAGGAGAACAGUAUACGCAAUAAUGAGUGUAAGCAUUGUGCAGUACUUUGGCGAGCAGACGAACAAAUGUGGCUACUGCUCGGGCACCAACUGCAGCAAAUCGCAUGGUAUGCAUGCAUAUCGCUUAGCCUGCGAAGAUUACCAAGACCUCAUCGAUCGGGGCUGGCGACGCUGCGGCAACUAUUGUUAUAAGCCGCAGAAUGACAAAACCUGCUGUCCCUGCUACACGAUUAAGUGCGAUGCUCUGGAGUUCAAACUAUCCAAGUCCAAUAAACGCAUUUUGAGGCGCAUGAAUAAGUUUCUGCGGGAUGGCAAGCGUGAGCCGAACGAGCAGGCACAUUCGCCGGGUCAACCGAAAAAUGGUGAUGGCGAUGACGUUGAUGUGUCGGGUAGUGCAAAUGAGUCUCAACCACAGCUACCUGAUAAGAAGCCCUCAGUACUCAACGUAGAGCAUGUUGAGGAUUUAGUUCAGGCGCAUGUUGAACAAAUCAAAACAACGAACACCAUUCAAGUGUCAGGCGACCCAUCGGCUUCGUUGUUAGCAAACAACAAAAUUAAAACACUUGCACCCAACUUGAAUCCGCCUCGCAAGAAGGCGAAACAAAUGCGUAUCGAACGCAGACAAGCCAAGCUGGGCGUUCCGCAUGAGCAGCCACAGCCGCAGCCGAAAAUUCAAGAGAAAACCUUAAAAGACUUUCUGUCUGCCCCCAAGGAAACUGAUAAGCAUCAGUUAAAGAUCGCCUUGGUGCCUGCCUCAGAUACACAGCGCACUUGUACCGAUGCAGUAUUUGCAUUGUAUCGCAAAUAUCAAUUAGUCAUACACAAUGAUAAUCCUGCACGCCUAUCAUUAGAAAGCAUGCGCCGAUAUUGGGUUAAAUCACCCUUAAAGCACAAAAAAAUUGAUGAUUUGCCGAACGUGGGCUAUGGAUCUUUUCAUCAGCAAUAUUGGCUGGACACCAAGCUGAUCGCUGUUGGGGUCAUUGAUAUACUGCCAGGCUCGGUUAGCUCAGUGUACUUUUUUUACGACCCGGACUAUAGCUUUUUAUCCUUGGGCACAUAUGGUUCUUUAAGGGAAAUCGACUUGGUGCAAACACUUGCCGAGCGAGUGCCCGCUCUAAAGUAUUACUAUAUGGGCUUUUACAUACACUCUUGUCCCAAGAUGCGAUACAAAGGCAAACUGUCUGCUUCCUAUUUACUCUGCCCCGAGACUUACGUUUGGUUCCCGUUAACUGAUGAAAUACGCAGCAAACUUGACGCUAAAAAGUAUCAGCGCUUAAAUCCGGAUGCCACGGCAAAGGACGUGAAUGAGUUUUUAAAUCAGCAUUUAAAUGAUGUAAUGCUGCUUAUCAACCCACAGACCUGCAUCAACUACGGGAGAUUCAUACAAAAAGAUGACGAUGAUGUCGAUCGCGAUGUGAUUAUCGAGUACAGCAAACUCGUGGGUAGGGUAUGUGCACAGCGCAUGCUUUAUGUGAACAUGUCCUGAAAGGCAUUUUGUUGACGAGCUACUAUUGUACAAGGAUUCUUCGAUAUAUGCACCUAUAUUCAUUUACCACGCAAUUAAUUUAAAUUAAUUUAACUAAGUAGUGCAAAAUUAUGUCAUUCAAAUGUUCUAGUACGUUUUUAAA